UGAGAUGCAUUCUGGGAGAAAAUGAUUGACGUCGCGGCCAUUUUGGCUCUGGCCGCCCCGCUCCCAUUGUGUGAGAGAUAGUAAAUACUGACACUGCCAGACAAGCCGAGCACAUAUUUCUCUGCGCGAAUUAAAACACAUUUACCUGAGGUGAAAUUGAAUAGCAAUGGCCCGUACCAAGCAGACUGCACGUAAGUCCACUGGAGGUAAAGCUCCCCGUAAGCAGCUGGCAACCAAAGCUGCCCGCAAGAGCGCACCCUCAACUGGAGGUGUCAAGAAACCUCAUCGCUACAGGCCUGGUACCGUGGCCUUGCGUGAGAUUCGUCGGUAUCAGAAGUCCACUGAGCUGCUGAUUCGUAAGUUGCCCUUCCAGCGUCUGGUUCGAGAGAUUGCCCAGGACUUCAAAACCGACCUGCGUUUCCAGAGCGCCGCCAUCGGUGCCCUUCAGGAGGCCAGUGAGGCAUACCUGGUCGGUCUGUUUGAAGACACUAACCUGUGUGCCAUCCAUGCCAAGCGUGUCACCAUCAUGCCCAAAGACAUCCAGCUGGCACGCCGCAUUCGUGGGGAGCGUGCUUAAACUCUCCCUUUCUUUCUAUUGCCCUCUUUAUUUCUUUCCGUCUCUCCACUUGUUCUCCUCCUGCUUUCUUGGUAGAGUUUAGAGUAUCAGUGAUGGAGAGUAACUGUGUCUCAGUCUGCUAGUGCUGUCUAAAUGACGCGUAGGGUACCUAUAUGUGCAUGUAACAGGUGCUGCUGAUCACAAACACACACAAGCACGCACGCACACACACACGCAUAUAUACACACAUCCAGCAACACACACACAUACUCUCACAGAUUCACAUUGGGAGUGUAAACGAGGUCCACCCAUGCCUGGCUUGGGGCAGCACAUUCAGCAUAUGUGUAAUGAGGAGGAGUCUUGAACCUGCACACUCACACAUACUCCAUUGUCAAGAUAGAAGAACAGGGUGGUAUCUGGGGUCAGUCUGCUUAAGGGGAGCGGAAACUUCCACAGCAGGGUGCUACUAAAACUGCCUCGGUCCACCUUUAAAGAAAUCCAUCUAAACCCCAUCUCGUAUACCUUGACCUGCCCCUUCCCAUUCUGCCUCUGUUUGACCCAUCUUGUAUGUACCUCCUGUUUAACAUCCAUCUGGUCCUACAUAGUGGAGGUGGGUGUGGGGUUGGACUCGUUCUUUGUGUGAGUGUCUGUGAGUGAUGUGAUCAGCAAAGCAGAAUCGUAUUCAACUGCAAACCAGCAUCUAUUGGUUAAAAGUUGUUACUUGUAAUAUUGAUGAUUACUAUUAUUGUUGAAAUGGUGUCAUUUUUUUUACAGUGCAUAUAUAAAUUGUUCUUACCACUGUUUGAAAAAAAAGAAUAAUCUGCUGAAAAUUUGUGUUUUUUUAAUUUCCCUUUUUCAUAUUGUAGUGAAAGCCGAUCCUGCUCCUCCUGUUAUAACUUCAGGCAGCCACAGGGGGGUGCUCUAAACCAGCCUCUUAUUCAACCUCACUGUUCAGCUAACAUCUUGCUCUCCUUUUCCUUCUGUCUUUUUUCUCUCUUAUUCCGUCUUUCAUUUUUACUAUUUCGAUUAAAAUUUUGUCAAUUUAAAGAUCGGCAUUAGAGUCACAAAGUGUAGCAACGAUACUUUAUGUUUAGUUACUCUAGUACUGAGUCUUUUGACUUUCUUUGGGUAGAAUUUUGCUCCUUCCCUCUCAUCAUGAUACACAAUGUAACCUCAUGUUUGUGCUUUCUUUUCUUAUUCAGAAAUUUAAAUAAGCUGAUCUUUGUAUUUUCCAAAUUUCUCAUAUUCUGGUGGUAAUAAAUAGAUGUUACACAAA